GCACAGCUCGCAGUGAGGACAAGAGCCAAACUUAAGCUUUUGUCCAAGGUCACGCUUACUCAGUGGGAGGUGGUCCUACUUCUGGGACUGUGGAGCCAGUUCAGUGAAGUGCUUGAGACGCUUGUCUGCCUAGCACCCUGAGAAAAGCCAACAAAACCCCCAUCCUCAUAAACAAAACAAAUGUCCCCGGAAUAGGAGUGGCUGGCACGGUGAUUAUUCCCGAAUGGAGAGAAUCUUCGUGGAUAGGAAAUGGUUAAAGUGAAUGAAUAUCUUUGGUAUCUGUCUUAGAAAGGCCAGAAGAAAAACAAAUAGGAAGUCAAAGAAUACGAAGGUCCCAAAGUGAUAAGGCGUACUCACUGGGGAGUGGGGUGCCCAGCCUAAGCCAGACCUUCAAUGGGAGAUGUUGACCGCAAUGCUGAGGCUGGAGCCGGAAGUAGUAACACAGCUGAAGAAUAUUCGUGUGUAUUCCUCUGCCUUGAUCUCGAUUUAUUCUCACAUUAUGAUCCAAACAUACUGAAGUAUUUGAUUUGCUUUUUGAUCUUUUUGAACCUUUUGCAGUCUUUUCUUUCUGCCUGGAACAGCCUUCAUAUUAAAUCAUUCUUUUAGCUCCAGGUGGCCUCCCAUGAGGAGAUUGUCCUGGUAUGCCCAUAUACACAUGCCUUCAGACCCGCUUAGGUCCCAGCUUCACACGUCCCUGCUCAGUGAUGGCCUGGUCCCCUCAGUACUGGAGCAAGCUGUGUUUCAGAGUUCCACCGAGACUGCAGGCAAAUAGAGGCCAAAGUGGGCCAAAGAGACUUUGACUGAGUGCUGACAUGGAUCAGGUGUCAUCAACAGGCAGAACGGUGCACAUCACUGUGACAAACGCUUAUGAUUUGAAAGGCUUUAAAGGAGAUACCCCAGUUACUUUUGUUCGUGCAGAGUUCAAUCAGGCAGUCCUCGGAGACUCUUCAAAAAUCACUGUCUCUCCAGAAGGAACCGCUAAGUACAAUUUUACUAGCAGCAUUGAGCUCAGUCCGGAUGGAGGAAUCACUUUAGAUGACCUCGCCCACAAACCUUUAUUCCUAACCGUGACUGAGGUUUUACCAAAGGAAAAGAAACAGAAGGAUGAGAAGACCUUAACUCUGGGCCAAGCUGUGGUGGACCUUCUUCCUUUACUGGAAGGAGAGGACUCCUUUGAAACGACAGUCCCGUUACACCCUGUGCAGGGGUCACCUUUAGAAACUCCUUCUCCAGGCUCUAAGCAGUGCAGCCUUGGUGUGAAGGUAUUUGUGACAGAGCCGCUGCUGACAGCUGCCCAGGUGUCCGCGAGCAAUCUCCUGAAGGUCACACUGGAGGCUGCCUACUCCGUUCCGGAGUCAUUCAUGCCCGUAGGGCCUCAGCAGAACUACAUGGUUGGGCUGCAAGUUCCAGCAGUUGGAGAGAAAGACUACCCUAUGGUAUUCAAGAAUGGAAAUCUGAAGCUUGGAGGAGAAAGAGAAGUUGUUCCCCGGCCUAAAAAAUGGCCUAUUGCUAACAUUCUCGCUCCAGGAGCUAACAACAUUCCUGAUGCAUUCAUUGUGGGUGGUCCCUAUGAGGAGGAGGAAGGAGAACUCAACCACCCUGAGGACAAGGAAUUUAGGAAUCAAGCAGAAUGCAUCAAGAAGAGGAUCGUCUGGGACUUGGAGAGUCGCUGCUACCUUGACCCUUCUGCUGUUGCAAGUUUCCAGAAGCGAAUCGCUGAUUGCCGGCUCUGGCCUGUGGAGAUCACAAGAGUGCCUUUGGUUACUGUACCUAAAGGGAAACCGGGCAAAAUUGAGAAGACUGAUGAUGAAAAUCAGCUUUCGUUUCAUGGCGUGGCGUACGUCAACAUGGUCCCACUCUUGUAUCCGGGGGUGAAGAGGAUAAGGGGGGCUUUUCAUGUUCAUCCCUACCUGGACAGUACAGUCUUUGAAAAGACCAAAUGUUUGUUCAGCAUAUUCAGGGACACUGGGCACCAUCUGGCUCACAAUAAUAAAGCAGGGGGUCUUAACUCCCCACUGUCGAAACCUGUUUCCAAGAAUCUGAAAGAAGAGAAAGCCGUGAAAGACAAGGAGAUAGAAGGACGGGCUCGGCCUGGGGACUUGCAAGCACCUAGCAUAAAAUCUCAGAGUUCAGAUACUCCUCUGGAAGGCGAGACCCCUCUGAGCCACAAUCUAGAAGGACAGCAAUAUUUGGAAGCGGGGACAUACAUUGUCCUGGAGAUUCAGCUGGACAAAGCCUUGGUUCCAAAGCGGAUGCCAGAAGAACUGGCCAGAAGGGUCAAGGAAAUGAUACCUCCAAGGCCACCUCUCACCCGCCGGACAGGGGGAGCUCAGAAGGCAGUGAGUGACUACCACACACAGAUCAAGAGCAUUUCCAGGGCCAUCCUGGAUGAAUACCACCGAAUGUUUGGAAAGCAAGUGAUCAAAGUGGGAAGUGAUGUAGACAGCGAAACCUUGGAGGAGCAGAAGUGCCAGCUCAAUUAUGAGCUCAACUGCUCUGGAAAGUACUUUGCUUUCAAAGAACAGCUCAAGCAUGCGGUGGUAAAGAUUGUGAGAGAGAAAUACCUGAAGACAACAGCAUUUGAAAGCCAGGAGGAACUGCAGACAUUUAUCAGUGAGCUUUAUGUGUUCUUGGUAGAUCAAAUGCAUGUGGCCUUAAACCAGUCCAUGCCAGACGACAUGCAAGGCACUGCCUCAACGAUUCAUACCAGCAGUGAACAGCUUCGACUCUUCGCAUUUGAGGCAGAAGUCAAUGAGAAUUUUGAAAUGGCAGCAGUAUAUUAUGAAGAGAGGUUGGUCCGUGAGCCCCAGAACCUGGAUCACUGGCUGGAUUAUGGUGCCUUUUGCCUUCUCACUGAAGACAUCACGAAAGCACAGGAGUGUUUCCGGAAAGCCCUUUCCCUGAACGAGAGUCAUAUUCACAGCUUGUUGCUGUGUGGUGUCCUGGCUGUCUUGUUGGAGAACUAUGAGCAAGCAGAAAUCUUCUUUGAGGAUGCUACGUGCUUGGAGCCCAGCAGUGUUAUCGCCUGGACUUUACUCGGGUUGUUCUAUGAAAUUCAGAAUAAUGACAUUCGAAUGGAAAUGGCAUUUCACGAGGCCUUCAAACAGCUUCAGGCACGAACCCUCCAAACAAAGCUGAAGAGCACCGGCACUGACGGCACUGACGAGGGAGUGAAGACGGAGCACAGUUUUGGCCCUUGGGGAGCCAUACACGAUUCUGCCACAGCCAUGAAGUCAGAAGGCCUGACAGGGAUCAAACUCAGGAGCUCCCACACGCUGAAUCCUCAUCUCCCCGCUGAGCUGCAGCCCCAGCCCCAAGGACCAAGCACUGUCUUGUCCAGUCUAGACGAGUUUAUUGAAGAAUCAUCUAAGGCGCAUUCUGAGUCGCAGGAACCAAUAAUGACUUUACAGCCUCUGGAACCUUCUCUUGCCCAGAAAUCAUCCAAUGUGCUAUUAAAAGAGCUAACAGCGAAAAAAGAACUAUCGAAAUGUCAAGAUUCCUCGGCCUUUUUGCAUUCUCCGCCUUAUGCUACCCCCCAACCUCCCGCCACAAUCUUCAUGGAGACCAUUCGCUUUCUGAUGAAGGUCAAUGCUGUGCAGUUUGUGCAGAGAGUGCUGGCACACGAGCUGCUGUGCCCUCAAGGAGGACCCAGUUGUGAAUAUUAUUUGGUUCUGGCUCAGACACAUCUUCUCAAGAAGGACUUUGCUAAGACAGAGGAGUACCUUCAGCAAGCAGCCCAGAUGGACUAUCUGAACCCUAAUGUCUGGGGUGUGAAGGGUCAUCUCUAUUUUCUGAGCGGAGACCACGCAGAGGCCAAGGCAUGCUACGAGCGAACUAUUAGUUUUGUAGUUGAUGCUUCUGAGAUGCACUUCAUCUUCCUACGCCUGGGACACAUCUACCUGGAGGAGAAGGAGUAUGAAAAGGCAAAGAGAACCUACAUGCAAGCCUGCAAGAGAUCCCCUUCAUGCCUGACCUGGCUAGGACUAGGAAUUGCCUGUUACAGGCUGGAGGAGCUCACGGAGGCUGAGGACGCUCUCUCCGAAGCCAAUGCACUGAAUAACUACAACGCUGAAGUAUGGGCUUAUCUGGCUCUGGUCUGUCUGAAGGUUGGACGACAGCUGGAAGCUGAGCAGGCCUACAAGUACACAAUAAAGCUGAAACUGAAAGAUGAGGCUCUGCUUACAGAAAUCCAUGCCGUUCAGGAAAUGGUUGGCUUUGGAGAUCCAUCUUUCUGACAUUCCUAAAAAUGGAUAUUCAAUAUGGAACCACAAGCAUCUCACUUUCCUUUCCAAAUUGUCACUACAUGUAACCUGACCUCUUCCCCCUUAGCUGUUAACUAUAAAUCAGAUCACAAUUAAAAAGGAAAAAUCAAAUUUAUCAGUGUUGUUUUUUGAGUCAUAUAUUUCAUAUGUUUAUACAAUUAUGUAACUAACUAAUAAAUAUAUUUUGUGUGUGACUAUUACAAUUUCUGAUGAAGCUUAUCAUCAAUUGCCAAGGUUCUUGACCAGCUUCAGUUACUGCUACUUGGACAUGAAGGCAUCAUCUUCAAAGGUGAGCUUAGAACACUGUCAUCUACAUCACUGGGUAAGAGAGCAGAGGAUAUUCUUGAGGCUAAGCCUUUUGGGAGAGCUGAAAGAAAGGUCUUUAAGACAGACAUACUAAUUUCUUUAAAUCAACCAGUUUCUUCAUGGAUGUAAAUCAGGAGUGGCUUUUACACACCAUUGUGAUCAGAGUUGCAAAAUUCACUAGUGAAGCCGUAAUUCUAGGUCUUGAGAGGACAAAGAAAUCAUAUCCUUAAUUUCUUAGAACAUGUUGCAGUAAAGGGGGGAAAUGAACGCCCUCUCCCCCUUUAUUUAUUUAGUUGUUUAGUAUUUAUUUCGAGGCAGGGGUUCUCUGUGUAACGGUCCUGGCUGUCCUGGAACUAGAUCUGUAGACCAGAGCUGGUCUUGAACUCAUGAGAUCCGCCUGCCUCUGCCUUCCGAAUGGCGUGCGCCACCACCGCCCGACUCCCCACCCACCCAUCUUAUUUUUUAAUGGAGCGAUUUCUUCUGUGAGGGUGGGAGAAUAGGAGGGAAAGUGAGAGUCAUAUUAAUAAACAGAGUAAAUUAUUUUUAAUCCUGCUCCUCGCUCAGUCCUUUAUGAAGACGUCCUGAGGAAAGGGAAGCCAACUUCGUCCCCUGCUGUGUCCGGACCGUCCGGGCUCUCCGGUGGGACCCCACCUGCCCACCAGGCCGCCACCAGCGCCUGCCGCCGUUACCAGGGUGGGAAUCGCUGCAGCACCCCUGCAGACCGGACUGCCGCAGGGAAUCACGCCAAUGACAGCCCCACGAGCCGCUCCACGCCUACAAACACAGCUCUUCCGCGUCAUUUACGGAAGUCGGGGUCUGGGUCGCCUUGUUGUCUUCCGGUAGACGCAGAAAGAGAAAGCGGAAUAGGUGGGGCGAGCGGCCAAUCGCUUCCUCAGUGGGCUUUCCGGAGACUGAAGCAACCUUUCUCUGCAAAGCGUACCAUGGGGGCCACCUGACCAUCCGCCUCGCCUUGGGUGGCUGUACCAACCGGCCCUUUUACCGCAUUGUGGCUGCUCACAACAAGUGUCCCAGGGAUGGCCGCUUCGUGGAGCAGUUGGGCUCCUUCGAUCCGCUGCCCAACAGUAACGGAGAAAAGCUGGUUGCCCUCAACCUGAACCGGAUCCGGUCUUUCUGGCUUUUACCCCCUGCAUCCGAUGAUGAUCACAAAUGCUGAGAGACUUCGGAGGAAGAGAGCUCAAGAAGCGCUCUUAGCGUCGCAGAAAACAGAAUCGGAGCCUGGAGAAACGGAAGCAAGCUGAUGUCAGUGCACACAGUUGUGGCUGCAAGGCCAAGGGGCCUUCACAACUCUUGCGCAGAGCUUUCUGUUGGGUUUGAGGAUCAAUAAAUGGAUGUUUUCAAGU